AACAGAAAUUCGGAAAUUUUUUUACAGUUCCAUUUUACCGUCAUAUUUUCAGUUUCAUAGAUUAAACCCGGGAUCCGAGUGAUUUACACAAUCUUUACCCGAAUACUAUUUCAACUUUGAGUUAACAGAGCAGCGGUAUUCAUAGUUAGAGCGCCUUUGUGCCUGAUCAGAAAUGGCUCAGAUGGUUUUGACGGCGCUGUCAAUUUCUCUUGGUAUCUUCUUCUGUUUCGUGGGAACCCUGAAACUGACGCAAGUUGUCAGCUAUGAGAUGCAUAAAGAUCUGAAAAAGAACUUCGCUGCUCAGGCCAAAGUGUUCCCGGUCCUGUCUCAGCUUGGCGUGAAAGUGUCACCCAAAGUAUAUCGAGAAGCUGUUGGCUGGACCGAAGUUGUUUGUGGACUUGCAUUACUGCUAAUGCCAGGAGCUAUGAAGCAGAUUGCCAAUGUCAUCCUUUUCCUGGUGGUGUCAUUGGCAAUUUAUUCCCAUUGGAAAAUAAAUGACCGGCUAGAUCGAAUCGCACCGGCAAUCGUCUUCGCGCUGAUGCUGGUUUGCCGUUUCGUUAUCAAUGCUCAACUGGCAAGGCGGAAGAACAGUGCAGCUUCCGGGGAAAACCACGUGGAGCGCAAAGUAGACUGAAUCUGAGGACAGUUCCUCUGAUUUCCCUUUAUCCAUAUCGUCAUCAUCGGACAAAUGCCCCUUGUGAUGCUUUACCCCAUUAUGGCACCUCUUUUGUUGAUAAGGAAUCUCACGUGAAGUACCUCUGUCGGGGCAUGGCAACCGGAAUCUACUCCGGCGCACAGUGUCCCCGAAGCGAAUGACCUCUGUGGUUGAGACGCGAUUCUGGUUUUUAUUUGUUUUGUUCGCGGUCAUUUGUGUUUUUAUUUUGUUUGAAUCCUUCCGUUGAGUAUGUUUUUGCACAGAAUCUCCAAGUGUCGUGUAGAAGAAUGAAGCAUGCAUGUCACGAAGUUUUUCACCGUUGUUUGUGCGCUAUUUUGAUUGGAUGAUCCGAAAUCUUCCAAGAUGUUAUGAAUUUUCAGUUUUUUGUGGGACUCUGGCGGUAAAAUUUUUUGAGUAA